CUUUAGUACAACAAAUGCCAUGCGUCAUGGUGACAUUCAAUAAACAGACAUGUCCAUUCAUGAAUAAGAUAAUACUCGCUCACCAGGUUAUUAACCAACCUGGGAUAAUAGCUUGAUCCGAUGUUACGCUUUAAGUCCAGAGCAGAUUGUGUGUGGGACAGAGGGGGAACAGCUGAGACCCAAAAGAGAAACUAACAGUUAAACAACGGGACUCACCGCGGGAAAGCAGUCUCUCGACUCUCCUUUGGAGAGCUUCGUCAUCUGUGCACAGGGGGUCUGCAGCUUUUUCCAGACACCACGAGAGAGGCGCACAAUAACAGGUAAUGUAGAUUAUGGAUUGUUAGACUUUUUCCCAGCAGCUACGUAAUAUAACAAAGACUUUGUAGAUAUUUGAUUUAAAAGACUAAUUAUUUCACCCACAGCUUUUUGAUUUAAAUGAUAGGUCAAAGAUCAUAACAAAACUAAAAUUUCUCACACAAAAAGAAAAAUACAUUGAGGCUUGUUGCAUUUGCAGGUCCCUCCAUGUGUAAAAUAAUAGUAGCAUCAAGACUGAAGGUCACACAAGAACAUAGAACAGCCCAGCAGAGCUAACAGGGAGGCUGUGUGUUGAGGGUCAGAUGUUACUAUAAUUGGGUAUUUGCAUUGUUUUAAUAUAUUUUUGCAUUAUAUAAAAUGAAUUUUUACGCUUAGUUUAGAACAUUUAGUUUUGUUGUUGAUCCUUUCAGCUUUGGAUGCCUGUGUGAUAAGAGGACAAUAAUUCCCGUUUCUUAAUUCGUCUGGGAACGAGGGGUAAUCUCAUUCACUUAUUUAAGUUGUAAAACUUUCAGACAUGGUGUGUUAUGAAUAAUGUGAAGACAGCCAGGUUCUGUCACAGUGCGCUUUUGGUUUAAGCUGCACAAAUCAACACUUUUGUAUCAAUUUAUCUGAAACUGUGCUGCUGUCUCCCCAUUAGCUCAACAGAGACUUUUACCAUGUUCAACUUCUUAAUGUUGCUUUUGGUUUUAAGCAUUAUAGUUUCUACUGGCUGUCACAACCAAGACAACUGUAAAGUACCUUCCCAACAUCAAACAUCAGUUAACUCUAGCAGCUAAUAAGAAGCUAAAGAGGCCAAGGAGUUAAAGCCUUUGUCCUUUAAGAAAUGUCUGGAAACCAAAACAGGUACGGUGUGUAAAUUAGACGACCAUUAAAAUAAAUCAUGGCAAGACUUGCUAGUUUUAGUGGCACAUGUACAAACACAUUAGCCAGAACAUGAUUCAAGGGAAAAACUUUGCUUAUGCCAACAGAGACAGGAGUGAAUUUAGUAACUUCACAAACAGAAAAUCUUUGUCCAUCACAGAAGAAACUCUAAUUUCAUCCACACAGGUGUCCAACUUUACAUGGAUCAAAUGCCUCAUCGAAAACACUUUCAGAUGAGCAUACCGUUUAAUCAUUUUGUACACACUUUCGUCAUAUUUAUAAUUUUACCUGUGACCUACAUGGCACUGUCACUUUAACACGGAUAGAGCCGACGGUGAUUACACCUGAUUACAAAGCCAUUUCUGAAAUGACUUUGAGGCAUCAGCUUUAGGUCAGUUCUACCAGGACUGUGCUCCUGGUAAACCAGCUUUCGCAGAGGCAAAGUUUUUAUUUAACUGUGUGUGUGUGUGUCAUCUUUAUGUGCCAUCUGCUUAGGUUUAUUUGUGUUUAUGUGUUGCCACAGGAGAGACAAUGAGCACUGGAAGAGUUCGAAGUGUGGGGAAGGACAAGUGCAGGUAAGAUCAAAAUCACAUGGACCUCUUAUCUAAUUGUUCUCUCGUGUUUGGAACAGGGCGUAAAAUAAUCUCUGAGCAAAAGCACAGACUUCAGGCGUAGAAAGCACCUGUUCAGACUGGAAAGCACAGAAAAAAAAGAAGGUAUUACCCUGCUCUGUGGAGUCUGGAUUGCCUAACCUUCGUAAGUAGCUUUGCGACUGCUGGUUCUGAGUCCUACCUCGGCUCUGUGACAAAACUUAAAUAGUUCUUUAUUCAUCUUUUCUCACUGGACCGGUGACCCUCCUUGGUUAUCCACUUAACACUUCUGCUUGCUAAAGAAUGCGCUCUAAGUCUCUGCAUGUGACGCUGUUACAUGAAGAGGCAGGGGGAAACGAGGCACUUAAGAUUAGCUUUAUUCAAAUGUUCAAGUUAUUGCAUGAAAGACUUUUCUGGUUGUUUCCAUCCCUGAAAUUUCCUCUCCAACUCCCAGAUCAGAUUAAAUGCUUCUGACCUUAGCAAUAAAAAUAGUAAAUAAAAGCACCUACAGAGAACCAUCAAAUCCAUUCUUCAUCAAACUGAAGGCACUAAAGCUCAAGGAUUUGGUCGACCUCAAAACAAUUCAGAUCAUGUACGAAGCAAAUCAGAAUCAGUUACCACAGGGCAUCCAAAAGUGAUUUCAAAUAAGAGAAAACAAACAUAAUCUCAGGGGAAUAUGCAUUUUUAACAAACAAUCUGUACGUACAAACACAAAAAUGCACUGUAUAUCAGUCAAAGGAGUUAAUCUGUGGAACAGCUGCAGCGAAGAAAUGAAAACCUGCAGAUUCAAACUUAUUUUUAUAAACCACAUUCUGAGUGGAUAUAAGAGAGAAACAGAAACAACGUGCUUUUGUUUCUGAUAUAUUUCCUUUCUUCUGUGCUGUUAUUCCUACACAUGCUCUGACUGAUUAAAUUAUAGUAAGACAACAAUAAAGGUGUAGGACUAGAUAAGUUUUAUCAACUUCAUCCUUCACCAUUUUGAACAAAGUAUGAUUAUCUAUGUUGCUCAAAGCCGUGUCUUUAAUUGUUACCGGAGCACAUUGUAAAUUGUAUUGAUUUUGUUAGUUUUUUUUAACCUGUUUGAACAAACAAAUAAACUCAAACUAUUAUGAUCAUUUUGUUUGAACAAGACCAAAUAAAAACAGGAUGUGAGAAUGUAAAGUUAGAGUACUUUUACCUCUAUAAAAAUGUGAAGAGUAUCUAAAUACUAGCUUUUAGAGUACUUUACCCAAAUAAUCAUAAUAAAUCAGAUGUUCAGUGUAAAUUAAAUUGGCUUGUACUGCUGUAAUACCAUCUGGGACCAAACUUGGUAUUUGUAAUCUCACCACUUGUGCUUACAAAAUCUCUAAACCAUUAAGGUGUUUGAAAGAAUGCGUCAGAGCUGCUGAUUGCUUAAUGUAGCCUAUUAUGUGCCUGCAAAUCUUUUAUGUAAUGUCCACUUUUUCUGUGCUGUAACACUGUUAGGUAAAAGUGAGCUUUUCUUCCUAGAAUUAAAAAAUAAUAAUAAAACAACAGCACCAAAGCUGACUGCACUGUAUGCAGCCCCUCACCUCUUUCAUAUAUAACCUUUCACCUAUAUGAGAUGAGGCUGGAUUGAGGCCAAAAGAAGCUCAUGCUUUAGUGCACUAUUGUCUCAAAUGUAGUGCAUGAACGUUUGUGGAGGUUUGCAUUCAUUGUGCUCAGCUGAUGGAGUGCCUGUAUAGUAAACCUCUUAGGAAACUGUAGGGUUAUUUAAGUCUUGCAACAAUACUCACAUAAUGAUGGAGGAUCAGCCACCGGCCAGCCUCCUCUCCUCUCCAUGCGAGUUCUUUCUCACGCACCAACACACACACAUGUUCACAUGCCCGUCUCCUGCCUGCGAUUAUAAUCCAAAUCUGACUCAAUCAUGCCCACAUUCCUGAGUCGGCCCCGCAGCUUUGUCAGUCGUUGCUCUGUUGGUGCGUGACCACAUGGGGCUGUGACACGGACAUGGGCUGUAACAAACCGGAGCAGCAGACUCCUGGACUCUCGGUAUUUGGAGAAACCUGAAUCAGAAGCUGCCUGUGGGCACGUGCGGAGGGAUUCGUACCAGGAGUCAGUUCAUGUUACUGCAAGAGGCCUCCCAUGGCUGCGACCAAAGACAACUGAGGAGAACUCCAGCAAAUAGACUUAUCCCCUCCACUGGACUUGUUUUUUUGGGGACAUACAGGUAACACAUUUUUUAAAGUUUAAACAACAUGGAGGAUUUUAACGAUGGUCCACGGCUGCGCUCGGACAGCAUGGGCAGCUCUGCGUCUCAGAGCUCCAGGUCCAAGACGCUCCUCCGGCAGCGGCUCAACCAGCUGCUCACCUGUAUAGAGGACAUGAGCUCUGACGACGAGGCCAGUGAGGAAGUUUCCCGCACUCUGGAUGAGGCCUUUCAGCUGUGUGGGCGCUACUUCCCCUCAGACGCUUUCAGGUUGACAUAUCACAUAUCCUUAUUCUUACAUAUUUACAGAGAUACAUACACAGGAGGUGUUCAAACUCUCUCAACCUACCGAAGAUAUAAGGCUAAGAGAAAUAAGGUCCCGUAGAGAAAGACUCAAAAGGCUGAAAUAGAAAUGCAAAACCUGAGGAAAUAAGUAAAGAUGCAAUAAAUGUGGAUUAUGUCUUUUCCUUUAACUGUUUUUUCUUUUUUUUUUCUUUUAAAUAAGGCUAAGUUCAUUUUAUAAAAUUAUUUAAAUAACGACUUCUGUGUUUUAACCUCAGUAGGGGAGAGUAGGUUAAGUUGAGCCACUCCCCGUUGCUUGUAAAUGGUUAAAGAGAUUGAUCAUGUGACCAAAUAUUUAGGAGAUGGGCACCAAUUCAUGGAGUCUGUGAAGGUUAGAAGCACAUGGGUGAGGGUUAGACAUUUAUUUACAAAAAAAAAAAUUCACUCUUGAAAGUGAAUUUAAUCUGUCAUAAAUUUUAUUAGAAUUGUGUUCAGACCAAAAAAGAUCAUUUUAAAUUUGUUUUAUACAUCAAUUGUGGUAUCUAUGAGCUACAACAUGAGGUCAAAAACAUAACAUAAAGGUCCACCAUUUCAGUUUAGAGGACUAUAAAGUCACAAUAGUAGUUCUGAGGUAAACUGAGCCAGUGGCUCAACUGAGAAAGUAAAAGAGUCUGAUGAGAGAAUCAGAGUUCAGUUCUCCCCUACAGUUUAUUUUGAAAUGAUUUCAAUUAAAUGAAUCAGAUAUGAAAUUAAAGGCCAUUGAAGCAUAAAAUAAAUUUAGUCUGGCAUUGUUAAUUUAUCCCAGGCUCAUUUGACUCAUAACACUGUGCUUAAACAAUGAUUUAAAAUUAAAAAUGUAAAAAAAAUCUUCAAAGCUAGAGUCUUUAUUUAAAGAAAAACUCACCAUAAACCUGAUUGUUUGAUAUUUGUUUUUAAUUUGACUGAUUUUUUUUGGUCUAACCCUCUGCCAGACUGCACAUGGUGACCUGGAACGUUGCCACAGCAGAACCCCCUGAAGAUGUCACCUCUUUGCUGCAGCUGGAUGUACAGCCCCCCACAGACCUCUAUGUGAUCGGGUAAGAAGUAAAAACACACUGAUGCUAGAGGUUAGACUGAAGGAUCAAAGUGCCUCUUUUAAUGAUCUAGCAACAUAUGUCAGCCUGUUGGGUGUUACAUUGUGUUGUGUUGGUGUGUGUGUCAGCCUGCAGGAGGUGAACGCUACACCUGUGAGGUUCAUCUCUGAUCUGCUGGUGGAGGACUCCUGGAGCCACCUCUUUAUGGACACACUGGCACCCAGAGGCUUUGUCAAAGUAAGAGAGAAAUGAGGGAGAAAAAGACUGCUGUAAACAGAGAGUUACAUUUUUAUGUCUGUUCUGUGUGGAGCGCCUGAAAUAGACAUAUUAUAGUUUAGUUAGGUAAACCAAAAUAUGUCUAAGAAUUUAUGGAGUUGCAUGGCCUAAAAAUGUCUAAGUACAAUUUUUGGAUAUUGUGUAAAUAUUUUUUAAAACUUUUUGUUCAAUUUGAUUCUUAAAUACAUUUCAUUUAAAGUUCCUGUCAGUUUUUUUUGAUUUAGUGAAAAAAAAAAAAUCAUAUUGAUGCUUUUUCAUGAUAUCCAAUGGCAAACAAGACCAUCAGCGACAAGAUUAAAGAUUUUUAUAUACUCAUUUUAAAGGCCUCAAAUCAAUGCUGGGGGGUAGGUAACAGCCAAGCAGCUGAAACACUUUUCAUUUAAAAUAUUGAGAAGAAAUGCAACAUUUGACUAUCAAUAAUCAGCAGGAUGAGAUUUCUGUCUCUACUAAAACAUGUUCAGGACAUGAAAAGCAAAGACUACUUUGUCCACAGGGGUAAGUGGACACACACCAAAAGUCCCUUUAAAGGAUCAAAUUCAAGGACAUGACUUUACUUUGGAUAAUGUUCAUUUUAGAUGGUGUAUUUCCACACAUUUUCUCUCAAGGACACAUUUUCCUCAAGAUUUGACCUCCUUUUGGAUAAGUCUAUAUCACUCUACAGUAAAUGUACUUAACAAAGGACAUUACAUUCAUUUAACCUCUGUUAUACUGCUGAAACACAACUUCUAAAUAGGGGAAAGUCUGACAAUGUUCAGAUUUUUCAGACAAGAUGUAAACACAACUACAUUUUCUUUUUUGUUAUUAAAGUUUUUAUUUUUCCUUCUGAAAAACAGCAUACAGAUAGUAUAUCCAAUGUAGUUUUACAAAAUAUACACACAACUACAACUACAUUUUCUAUUGAUUUACACUAUUUCUAUCACUUAUUAAAGCUACUGUGAUAAACUUUUGAUCUGGGCUGUUUUUUCUGGCUGCUUGGCUAAUGCCUACCCCCCUUGCAGCGAAUGCAGCCUUUAAAAUGAACUCAUCAAUCUUGUCACUAACACUCUUGUUUGCUUCUUGGUAUCAUGAAAAGGCCGUUAUAUGAAUUUAAGCUCAUUCCAGAAAGAUAAAAAAAACACCUUACGGGAGCUUUAAGUUGUGUAUUUAAAUCUUCUCAAAAAAAUAUUGUUAAAUGUCACAUGAUGAAAAGGGAAAAAUUGUCUGCAAAGAUCAAAUAAGCCUACUAUAUGAAAUGAAUGUUGAAUAAAAUCAGCCUCCAUCUGUGUGCAGGUCACAUCAGUGAGGAUGCAAGGUUUGCUGCUACUGGUUUUUGCCAAACAGGCUCAUCUCCCCUUCAUCAGAAACAUCCAGACCACCUACACUCGCACCGGCAUCUUUGGCUACUGGGUAAGAAAGUCCAACAACAGACAACAGCACCACUAAACUGUGCACACCAGGAAUUCCAUUGACAUCAGAUGCUGUGGGGUAUGAAAGGCCUGUUGUGUUUGAGAAGCGGAGUGUGUAUGAGCUUUGAUAGGAUGAAAGUCCAGUAAUGAACAGUGAAGCCAGUGAGGUUACAGUGGGACAAACACUUGCGAGUCAGAUGGUUUAAUUCUUAAUGAUGCAAACAUUACAUAAACAUUUUUACUCUGGUUGAAUGAAAGUUAAUAUCAAUGUAGUUUUAGACUUCGAAGUUAGACGUUUAGACUAAGAAUCCACAACUUUACAUGUCUGCAUUAUUUAUUCAUUUUUUACACAUUAUUCGAAUUGUUGUGCGUCUUUCACUUUACUCUUUCCCACCUUCUUUGUUUGUCUGCCUCAGGGAAAUAAAGGUGGUGUGUCCAUGCGUUUCUCCUUCUAUGGUCACAUGGUGUGCUUCCUAAACUGCCACCUCAUGGCACACAUGAACUACGCACUGCAGCGUGUUGAUGAGUUUGAGUACAUCCUGGACACACAAGAGUUUGACAUCUUAGACACACCCUACGUCCGUGACCACAAGUCAGUAUGUCCAAAUGAACACAAAGUGCUCAAUACAGAUGCCAUUGAAAUAUAUGCAGCAUUGGUUGUUGAUUAGCAGCCGAAAUAAAGCUCCAUGUCCUUCACAGGGCGUUGUUCUGUUUGGGUGAUCUGAACUUCCGUAUCGCCGACCACGGUUUGCACUUCCUCCGCUCGUCCAUCAACAGUGGACGUCUUCAUUUGCUGUGGGAGAGGGACCAGGUGAGCUGUGUUAAUAAGCACACACAGACACACAUUUGCACCACCACUCUCACUCGCUAACAUGUUUCAUGGCUCUACAGCUCCUCAUGAUGAAGAAGAAAGAACCUUUCCUGCAGGAAUUUGAGGAAGGGCCACUGAAUUUCAAACCCACCUACAAGUUUGCCCGUAACUCUGAUACCUAUGACACCAGGUAACGUGUAACAAACAGUGUCUUUUACAGGAAUAUUCAUCUCAUUCCACAAACUCCACCUUAUUUCUGUUUGGAUUUUGCACAGCUCUCAGAAGACAUGGUUGCAUUUUAAGUAAGACACACUUGUUUUUUCUGUGUUGCAUGCCCCACAUUCCCUUAUUUCCUAGUCACUGCACCAUCUGUCCUUUUUCCUCAAGUGUUUGCCACCACUUCUUUAGCUCACACCCCAAAAUAAACAAAUGGGAACUCAGAGCAUACAUAGCUUAGUUUGGAGCAGCUCUUUCAGAGUCAAAUCCAAUCCUGACACCAGCACACGUGUGUGUGUCUCUCUCAGAAAGAGCACUUUGGCUCUGCCCCUAACCAUGUACAGACCCAGACCCCUGCAGCGCUGCAGCACCACCCUCUUCUUCCUCCUCUCCUCCAUCUCCUGGGGGAUGCUCUCUUUCUGGUUGGGGGCUUGGUACAGGGAGCUAAACCCGCAAAGGUGGGUGUCUCCAUUGAUAAGCAGUAGGAAUAUGUUAGGGCCCUUUGUUGUAGAAUAAUCACCUGGAAGGUUAUACACAUAUAACCUUUACAUAGAAAUAAUGGAGACACAUUAAAUCAACAAGACUUCAAAGGUUUAUUUAACACAAUAAUGUUGAACUGCAGUCACUCCCUCCUGCACACCCCUGUUGUUUGUCCCUGCAUAUUUAACAUUAUUAUUGUUAUAGCAAAUGUGCUCAUAGAUAACACUUCAGUACCAUCUCGAAUGAUACUGUUAACCCUAACAUCCACUUUUUCUCCACAGCAUGCUUCACUGUCACCUCAGCUCUGCACUGUAUGUGCGUGUGCAACUAGUCUGUGUCCUUAAAGGGAUAUUCCAGCAUAAAAUUUAUUUAUUUAUCUCUCAAGAGAUGAAUGUUGCCAACCGCUUGCUUUUCUAGUUAUACCAACUUUAGUGACGACCGCACCAUAGCAAUACACAGCGGUGUGAGGAGCCAUCAACAAACCUCAACCAAAAUCCUACCCUAUAGCCACAAAUAAUGCUCAGAACAGCACCUAACUUCAUCAACAGUACAUAUAGAGUCCCAGCCAUAGUACUAGCCACCAAACAUCUUUUUAACUUUACCUAAUUUCUUUAGCAAAGAGACUAAACACAACUCACCCACUCUCUUCCAGCAGCCGUUUAUUUGUAGCAAGACCUCGGGCCAGUCCAUUACAGACUACAGCGGGGUGACACAGUUCAAGGAAGAACAUUUAUGACCAUUACUUUAUCAUUUCCUUGAAGUAGCAAUCCCCAUAUCAAUCAAUUUUCAGCGCAGACGUGGUAGUUCUUCUGCCUCAGCGUCUCCAUCUGAUUGCAUUUCCAUGAAGAAAUGAUCAUAAAUGUUCUUCCUUGAGCUGCGUCACCCCACUGUAGUCUGUAAUGGACUGGCCUAAGGUCUCUGUACAAACAAGCGGCUGCUGGAAGAGAGUGGGUGAGUUGUUUUUAGUCUCUUUGCUAAAGAAAUCAGGCAAAGUUAAAAAGAUGUUUGGUUGCUAGUGCUAUGGCUAGGACCCUAUAUGUACUGUUGAAGUUUUAUUCUAAGCAGUAUUUGUGGCUAUGGAGUGGCAUUUUAGUUGAGGUUUGUGUGUGGCUCUCAGACCGCUGUGUAUUGCUAUCCUGUGGUCGUUACUAAAGUUGGUAUAACUAGAGAAGCAAGCAGUCGGCAACAUUCAUCUCUCGAGGGGGUGUCUAACUCUGUGUUACGGUGUGUUUGAGCCUAAAUUAAUUUUACGCUGGAUAUUCCCUUUAAAGAGCAUUGUGUCCAAUAGUUACGUAUGUUGUUACUAUGGUUGGCAUGGAAUUGUGACCUGUCAGGUAAGCAUUAGUAACAGAAAAGUUUGUUUUGAAUAUUGGAGAUUGUUGAAUUCUGUUUUCUUGUCUUUGCUCAGUGGCAAGAAGAGGAAACCUGCCUGGACUGACCGGAUCCUCUGGCGUAUCAAACCCAAAACUCCUCCAUCAGAGAGUAAUGAUGAUGAUGAUGAAAAGGCAUCAACUUCUGCUGAUGAUGAAAUCGAUGAGUAUCCACUCCUGGUCACUCAGGACAAAUACACCAGUGACAUGAGCUAUGGAGUCAGUGACCACAAGCCUGUCAUUGCAACCUUCAGUUUGGAGGUGAGAGCAGACUUACUGUAAGACACCAGGACCCACAUAUCGCCUUUCAUUCCUUCAAAAUAAGAGUUUGAACUUUGUCGUCAAAACUCAUCCUCUUCUUUCAUCUUGCAGCUGAGAAAGCACUUUGACACACCUUUGGUGCACAUAUCUCCUCUGGGUGUAUGGAGCGCUGACCAGGAUGCACUUCUUACUUAUACAGUCCAAGAGGAUUUUGAGUCCUCCACAUGGGACUGGAUUGGCCUGUACAAGGUAUUUUUGUUGAAAAUGAAGUAAAACAAACAUACACAGUAGAUGGAUCCACACUCAUUUUGUUGCUCUCUGCAGAUGGGAUUCAAGAGUGCAUCUGAUUAUGAAACCUUUGUUUGGGUGAGAGAGGAUGACUUGCCAGAGACAAAUGAAGUCAUACAGGUGAUGUAAAAAAGAGGAAAAUGUUUCAUGUUUACACAAAUACUCUAAAAAUUUGAUUUUAAUGUCUUUGUGUGUGUGUUUGAUGCAGAUAUCUGUGGAUAAGAAUCGCAUCCCUCUGCUGGGAGGACAGUAUGUUUUGGGCUACUUCAGUACAAACAUGCAGAGCAUCAUUGGCCUCAGUGCUGACUUCCAGGUGACUCUUAUAAUCUCAUAUCUCAUAACUCAAGCUGUGAGUUUCAUCAGAAUUAGCAUACAUCUUUUAACUGUUUUUUUCCAGCCAAUAAGAAUAAAGGCUUGACUAGCCAAAAAACAGUCAUCUAUCAAACCAGAUAGUAAAAAGAUGGCUGUUUCACCGAACAUUUCUGCCACAGCUGAGUUUAAUUCAAUAAAUUGUACAGAUAAAAAGAUGUUUAUGGAUGACAACUGAGUUUCUUUGGUGAAAAAUCUCUCUUUGUUUCAACCUUUUAGAUACUAGAGUCAAAGCGUGCUGUGAUGGAAGGUCUCGUCCCUGAGAACGUCAACGGGCUCAACAAAUAAAAAUAAAAUGAAGGCUGUGCCCCAUCCGAUUCAUAUUCUCGGGAAAUCCUCCAGGAAUUGAUCCAGACUUUUAAUAUUUCCCAAGAGAAACUUUAUCAUUUAAGGUGGACAGGCUGAAAACAGCCACCACUCCAUGCUGUUUUAUUGGACUUGAACUGUAUUUUUUUGUUUCAGACUUUGCCUUAAGAGUUCACAUAAAGUUGAACUGGCUCUUACUGGAAUAGUUUCCAUACAGAGAAGGCUAAUCACUAUAAUGAGUCUCUGUAAGCUUAUCCACAAGCUUUUCCUGCCAGUUUGAGGAGAAAAUACUGAGAAAAAAAAUGAAAUUAGUGGACAUGCACUGCAGGUCAAAAAAGUCCUUGGUCAAGUUGUAUUUGGAGAUUAUUUUACAUGGUUUGUCUUUGUUUACAGAUGAUUGUACGAUUCAAAGUAUAGAAAAAUCUAUAUUGAUGCAGGACAUCUAAGGUCAGGAUGAGUAAAAUGCAGCUCAGAAGUCUUGCUAUGGAUCAUUUUUAACAACAAUUGGACCCAAUAGGGAGAAAUUGAAAAAUGUAAUGUGGAUUUUGAAGUAAACUACAUUCAUAUAUUAUAUUACUGUAGAUAUUCAAAAUAUGUAUAUGAUUAUAUGAGCCUGGCAGGUACCAUAAAGAACCUUAAUGCAGUAGCAGAAUCAUAAUGAGAACAUAUAUUUGUAAUGAAGUUGGAUUAAAAAUGCUUAAUGAUUUGUUAUUGAUUGAUCUUGCUCGAAGCCUCUCAGCUGUAGCUCCUCAGAUCAAUGUGAAGCAAGCUCUUGUCAUGUGGUUUGGAAAGUGAUUAUUGUUGUCAAAGAAGAACAAAGUGCCAGAUUUCUGUGUUUUCUGACUCUGUGUGUGCAUGUUAAAGUGAAAAUGGAUGUAUUUAGUUGUCAGACUGAUGAAUUUAUUGAAAAAGUAG